AUGGCGGCUCUCGGACGGCUCACUCAGGCGCUGCUUCGGUCUUCUUUGACCCAAAACAGGCGUCAGCUCUCGGCUGCUGCUGCUGGACACGGCGAACAAGCAGGUAAUAAACUUUGUUAUUUUCGUUCACAGGGUUUGAUUUGUGUCAAUUAUCGUUAGAACAGCGUGGUAAACGGUGAGACUGUGACCUUGUUGAGCUGGACAUCCUUGAGAGGAGAAGACGGUGAAGAUUCAAACACACCAGCUUUAAAAAACUGUAGAUUGUAUCAGUGAGUUUAGGCUGUUAUACACUUAACUAAACAUUAGAUAGAUAGUUUUCUGUCUUUUGCUGAGUUUUAAAGUGUCACAGCGAGGAGGAGAGGGUCACUUCAGGUCAGUAAACUUGAGCUCAGAGUUUCACCUGAAGGAUUAUACUUACGUUUUUUUCAGGUAAUAUUAAACUAUCCUUUUAACUAGUACGGUUUACAUGUAAAAAUGAAAUACUGGAGUACAGGAAACCCUCCAUUACAUCUCUGAAAGCAGAAACUUCAACUUAAUUGACAUUUGCAUAGGGUCCCAGCCACAGUACUACCUACUCUCUUCCAACAGCCGCUUGUUUGUAGAGAGACCUCAGGCCAGUCCAUUAAGGACUACAGCGGGGUAACGCAGCUCAAGGAAGAACAUUUAUGAUAAUUUCUUGGACUGGUCUGAAGUCUUGCUACAAACAAAUGGCUGCUAGAAGAGAGUAGGUGAGUUGUGUUCAGUCUCUUUGUUAAAGAAAUCAGGAAAAGCUAAAUAAAAUUUUGGUGGCUGGGACCCUAUAUGUCCUGUUGAUGAAGUUAGGUGCUGCUCUGAGCAUUAUUUUGGUUGAGGUUUGUUUAUGGCUCCUCAGACUGCUGUCUAUUGCUAUGGUGCGGCUGUUACUAAGGUUGGUAAACUAGAGAAGCAAGCAGUCGGCAUCAUUCAUCUCUCAAGGGGGUGUCUAACUCAGUGUUUGACCCUUAAUUUUACGCCAGAAUAUCCCUUUUUAAUGAGAUUUGCUCUCAGAUAAACACCACCCGGUCAGAACAUCUGGACAACCUAAAGUGAUGGAAUCCACCUUUUUAUAUGAUAGAAAAACUGGAUUUUUACAGCAAUAUGUGGCAAACAGACUCUAAAUUGAAAUGCCCCACUACUCACCCCUUUCAGUGAAGCAAUGGUGGCCUUUAAGGACAAGAAGCUCCUAUUACAAGAGGUGGUGAUUAUGUUCAUUAACAUGUUAGAUGCAGAUCAGUAAUGUUACCCGGUUCAAUUAAGUAUCCACAAAACUGGAGUGCAUGAUUAAUGUCAUUGAUGAUAAAGGCUGAGGCUGUUGAAACUGUUAGGAGUGCAGUAUGAUUUUUUAAAACUGAGUAUCAGACUAAUGACACAGAGCUGUGUUGUUACUUUAUCCCAACGCUACAGAGAGGUGUAAUGAUCCUUCAGUUGGAUAUCACCUAUGUGUAGAGUGCUGUACAUUCUGUUCUAUCAAAGCACUCUCAAAUAAACCCUAGUAUAAUAUGACCUCAGUACAAACACCUGACUAAGAUCCCUGAGCAGCACAUCUACAGAGUUUUAAUAAAUGUUUUUUGUUUCUUAUUAAACUUUUGUUCUCAUUAAUUCCCCCAUUUGUUCCUUUGCUAAUUAAUCCACUAGAAAAAAACAAAGUUGCUGGUGUAACUAGGAUUUUUAUCCCAAGCACAAAUUAAAUCAUACAAAUACAACAAACAGCCUUUAAUUAACCCUUAAUUUAUGUUAACACAAAGUUGGUUAGAGGCACUUUCACAGCCCCACGACACUUUGACAAACACAAAUACACUGUUGUAAGUCAGGUAAACGUGCGUAAUAUGAGAAAAGCAAUAGCUUAAGAUCUUUUAAACAUUAAUUUUGAAUAAUUGCAAACGUAUAUGCGGGUUUCAUUCAGCUCUUGUGUUAUCAUUGGCUGUUUGCUAAAAGAGCUGACAAGAGAUGAUAUGAAACGAUAAAAUAAUGAUGCAUUUCUCACAGAGAUGUUUGGUUCAAAGAUUUGAUGUUUUUGUCCUGAGUUGUGUGUCGUACUGUCAUUGAGAAAUUAAAUCUCUAGGUUUUGUUGAGUCUGAUUAUGUCUUUUUUUGUGAAGCUCAUCAUGAAUAUGUUUCUGUUCCAGCAAAAACAUGGAAGAUCCUCAGCUUCGUGGUUGCCCUCCCUGGUGUGGCUGUGUGCAUGUUGAACAUGUACCUGAAGGAACAGAGUCACACCCAUGAGCAGCCAGAGUUCGUCCCUUAUUCUCACCUUCGCAUUCGCAGCAAGGUCUGACUCUUAAAUCACCUCUCUGUUUUGUAAAAUACUGUGUAAAUCUGUAUUUUCUAAAUUAUGAUUUGUUUUCCUCUCUCAGCGUUUCCCUUGGGGAGAUGGCUCCAAAAGUCUUUUCCACAACCCACAUGUGAACGCCCUCCCUGAUGGCUAUGAGGGUCACGACGAAUGA